GUUCGAAUGUACGAGAGCCACAAUCCAGGAUUCUGCUAUCACUCGAACGGCGCGAUAAAAGAGAGUGGCCCGGUCUCAUCGGCUCCGGAGCAGGGGACACUCGACUCGGACGAUUCCUACGAAUUCGUGAAAGCAAUGCUCUUCACCGAGCGCGAAUUGGACGUGGAAAAACUCGUAUGCCUCCAUCUUCUCGCUGCUUAUACGACGAAUUACGAGGUCGAUCGACUUCCGCAGUCCGAUACUCGGCUCUCGUCACGCUUUCAUAGAGGUUUGAUUUCUUUGAGCUCCGGACACCGAUGGCCGACUGAGCGGAGCCUGGAACGCUUUUUUGCCCUGCUACGUAAUCGACGUCGACUCAAUCUCGGCGAGUCCGGAUCGUCCGGAUUGGAGCGGAGGUGCUGCUCGAGCGGGGCCCGCGACAACGCCGAGGUCCUCCAGGCCCUGAGCGCUCGCUCCGAGGCGGUCGAAGGAGCGAGGAGAGCGCCGAUGAUUCCGGCCCACGUUUGCGCGGUGCUCGGAGCUUAUUCCGAUCGGUCGAAAGUCGGUGCUUCAUUCUCGAAGGAUCCUCGCUCGGCGCGCGCCUUCAACGAAGGAGGGAUCGCCGGCGAUUUGCGAAGCGAGCGGGAGGAGGCCGAGGAGCCCGCCGUUUCGGUGACAAGUUUCCCGAGUUUUCGGUCGGAUACGAAAAUCGAUCGGAGUCUGACGAUGCUCAGGCAAAAGCCUUGGAAAAAUGUCGACUCCGUGAAAAAUGUGGGCUCGGUGAACCGGCCGAGAAGCAGGAACGAGCUGACGACGAUAAAACCGAGCUGUACGAUGCUCCGUAGUUCGAGCUCGAAGAGCGGCUACGAGGAGCUCGACUCGCGCCGAUUCCAACGGGAUCGGGGAUCCGUCUCGUCCUCGAGCUCGUUCGACCUCGCCGGGGGCAGCCCUCGUCAACGAAAAACGCUCAAAUACCGGAGGAGCGUCUACCUUAAUAGCCCGCUGAGGAGCUUCGCCCUGAAGAACCAAGAAUUUCGAGUCGUCGAUAUUCUCGUCAACAGCCAAAUCCAAGCGCUCGUCCACUCCGUUCUCGAAGUCCUGAAGCGCGUCAAUCCACAAAAGGUGCGAAAAAUCAUCGAGAUCUCCGGAGAUCCGAAUAAAAUUCGGGACAUUCUUCAACGCACCGAUAUGCAGUACUUCGUCGAAAGCCUGCUCCAACAGCCCCUCGUAACCUCGCCGGAAAGCUUCGUCCUUUCACGAGCUACCGCCGUCGACGAGAUCGAGUCGAGGCUCGAAGCCUCCAUCGCGAAUGAACUCAUCGCCCUGACCUUGGAGCUCCCUCCCUCGUCCUGCCUCGAAUUUUUCGUUGGACAAAUCCGGGACAACGUUCUCCGCAAGCUUGGAAAAACCAUUUCGAGCCGGACAAACGUUUGCGUUCGAGGGAGCAAUCGUUAUAAUAUUAAUGACGAAAUAUCAGCACUCGAAAGUGACGAUGGCAUGCCCAACGUGGAAACUGUGGAACAAAAUGGAAACGAAAUAACAAAACUGUACGAUCGAAAAAAUUUUGAGAGCCAAGAUUACCAGUCAAUUUCGUCGAUUUCGAACCAUCGUUAUGACCCCCUUGUCACUGACUCGAGACCUGCUGUGACGCAAGGAACCGAGGAAACGGAAAAAAAAAUAACAAAAACCGUUAGAGCGACCUUGACGAACGAGAAAUUUGCGCCCAAGCCUCAGAAAAGUGGGACAGACGUUAAUUAUGCGGAUCCUGAUCGCGUUAUUCUCAGACGAAUGACUAAUUCGCAGAGGAUUCUGGUUGGGAGGAUGUGCGCUGCUCUGAAAAACCGGCGGAUCAACAAUGAGGGUUUAAUACGAGAAAAAACUCCGCUGGCUGCGUUAAUUACGCCAGUUCUUUCACGCGAGAGUAUAAAAUCACUGACGCGAGGAACGAUUUACUCGAAAUUCGUCGGCACGAUAAAACAGGAGCAGGAAAAAGAGGAACGAACGCGAAGCCGCACGGAAAAAUUGACGGCACCUGUGCUGGCCAAGAUACGUCGUGACAUCUCUGAAUACGAAACGAAAAAACGUUUUAAUUCUUUUAUGGGAAACUGAAUCUCGGCAAACACCUAUUUUCAAUUUCACGUUAUUUGUACAUCGGAGACAGAAACAGAUACGAAUCCAUAUUUCCGGAGACUUUGCUCGGAGCGCUCGAGUCAGCUGUUUUUAUUUUUGUAAAACGCAAUGAAUGCAACUCCAACAUAACCUCGCAAAGAAAGAUUCGUGUUUUCUACACGUUAUGAGUCGCAGUAUUGACAGU